AGGUGUCUUGGUGAGACUGGAAGGAUGCAGCCAUCCUGUUGUUAUGAAAGGCUUGUGUGCAGAAUGUGGCCAGGACUUGACUCAGAUACGAAGCAAGAAUGGAAAGCAGAAUGUGCCGUUAUCCACAGCAACUGUGUCUAUGGUUCACAGUGUCCCAGAACUGAAAGUUAGCUCUGAGCAAGCUGAGCAGCUAGGAAGGGAAGACCAACAGCGACUACAUCGAAAUCGAAAACUGGUGCUCAUGGUAGAUUUGGACCAGACAUUGAUCCAUACUACAGAACAGCACUGCCAACAGAUGUCUAAUAAGGGAAUAUUUCAUUUCCAGUUAGGUCGAGGUGAGCCAAUGUUGCAUACUCGUUUGCGUCCUCAUUGUAAGGAAUUCCUGGAAAAAAUUGCCAAGCUGUAUGAAUUACACGUUUUUACUUUUGGCAGCAGACUGUAUGCACAUACAAUUGCAGGAUUUUUGGACCCUGAAAAGAAGCUUUUUUCCCAUCGGAUAUUGUCAAGGGAUGAAUGUAUCGAUCCAUUUUCUAAAACUGGGAAUCUUAGAGAUCUCUUCCCAUGUGGGGAUUCCAUGGUGUGCAUCAUUGAUGAUAGAGAGGAUGUUUGGAAGUUUGCACCCAAUUUGAUAACUGUGAAGAAAUAUGUAUACUUUCAGGGGAUAGGAGAUAUUAAUGCACCUCCUGGAUCAAGGGAAAUUCAAAUGAAGAAGAAAGUAAACCACUCUACAAAACCAGAGGCACUGGAUUCGGCAGUGACAUCAGCAAAAGAUGCUGAAGAAAUAAAGAAUGUUACUUGUGUAGAAGAACAAAGCAAUGGUCUCAAGAAAGCUACAAAGGACCCUUGCACUGCAAAUGGAAGUACUUUUGUAAGCAGUGAAACAUCUGACUGGGAUAUGAACUCUCAUGAUAAAGUUAAUGUCCAGGACUCCUUAAAUGAUAGUGCCGAUCACAAAACGGACAGUGAGGUCACUAAUGAUUUGACAAAUACAAAAGAAUCUCAGAUUUUUUCAGAACAAGUUGAUAGAACAGUGACAGACAAGCAGCAAACCCAAGACAAGACAACAAAUGACUUGGACUUUGAACUGUCUAGUGACAGUGAAAGUGAUGGUGCAUUGGACACCAGAAAGUCAUCCACUUCUGUAUCAGAUAGUGAGAACGAGGAAAAGAGAAGCUGGAAGAAAUCCAAACAACUUCUGCAGGAUGAAAAUUUGCAGAAAGAGAGUUGCACUGAUGUGAGUGAGAAAAAGGAUGGUCUGGUGAACCAUUCUGGGGACAUGCAAUCUCUACCGAGUGAAAAUAUUCAUGACAAAACUGAUCUUGAAGCACAAGAAGAAAGUGAACAGGAAAGCCUUUGUGAUUUAGGAAAUGGGUGUGCAGACAAGAAAGAAGCUGAAACAGAGUCUCAGAAUAGUGAACAAUCUGGAAUUACAAUGGGUGAGUCCUUAGACCAGAGUAUGGAGGAAGAAGAGGAGGAGGAUGAUACAGAUGAUGAUGACCAUUUAAUAUACCUCGAAGAGAUCCUUGUGCGAGUUCAUACUGAUUAUUAUACAAAGUAUGAUAAAUACCUGAAAAAAGAGAUUGAGGAAAUUCCAGACAUCAGAAAAAUAGUACCAGAACUGAAAAGUAAAGUGUUGGCAGAUGUAACCAUAAUAUUUAGCGGACUCUACCCAACAAACUUCCCCAUUGAGAAAACACGGGAACACUAUCAUGCCACAGCACUUGGAGCUAAAAUUGUGAAGAAUCUAGUACUGAGUGCUGAUGAUCCUGAUAAAGCAACACAUCUCAUUGCAGCAAGGACAGGCACAGAAAAAGUACGGCAAGCUCAGGACUGCAAGGACCUCCAUGUUGUAAACGAUGACUACAUCAAGACACACAGAGAGAACAGCCCUGCCACAUUUCCUGAUACACACAGCACAUUUCAGACAGCUCUGUUUCACCCUACACCCAUCCAUCCAAAGACUCAACCUGGUCCUGAAGUUCGGCUUUAUGAUCCUAACACUGGAAAGCUAAUCAGGAAAGGCACCCAGACCUCUGGCCAGUCGAUGUACAUCCAGUCUCCAGCUCCUCCCAUCACCUUACCAGUUCACGGCGAACACUCGUCCUUCAGAGUUGUUCAACCACAUCAGCAGCAGAUGUUUGAAGAAGACGACCUACCAGUGAGUGAAAAUGAAGAGCAACCUGGUCCAUCUAAGCGGAAACGCCAGCCAAGUAUGUCUGAGACAAUGCCCCUGUACACCCUAUGUAAAGAGGAUUUAGAGAGUAUGGAUAAAGAGGUGGAUGACAUCUUAGGAGAAGGCAGUGAUGAAAGUGACAGUGAAAAAAAAAAGACAGAAGAGGAAGGUGAAAAACCUCAGAUUAGUGCAGCAGACACUCUAGGAAUCAAACCAGAUCAGAGACCUGGAUCAUCGUCGUCGUCAUCAUCAUCAAGUGAACGAAGCUUAACAGGCAGUGUACCCAGGGGUCACAAGCGCAAACUGGAUGAAGAUGAUGCUGCCAGUGAAUCCAGUAAAGAAUCUAGCAAUGAAGAUGAGGAAGGAAGCAGUUCUGAAGCAGAUGAAAUGGCAGCAGCACUUGAAGCUGAGCUGAACGACUUCAUGUGACAUUCACGCAGAAGAUGGAAUUGUAAUUAUAUUUUACUUCUCAUAAACAGACCGGACUUCAGAUGAGUCCCUUAUGUCAGUACUCAAUGUUUUCCAAAAUGUGUGUGUAUAUUUUGCAAAGCAACACAAGAGGUGACACAUUAUUUUACAAAAUUGGAAACAGAUGUUUUUAAGGUGUUUUACUAAAGGAAAAUAUACUUUUUUAAACAAAAAAAGUAUUAAAUGGGACUUGGUGUGUUAUGCCAAAGACAUGUUAGGAGCUCUGCAGAACCUUCAUAUACAGGACAGUGAUACAAAGAUUUGUGAUUAAACAUACAGCAACUUUUUAAAAAUAUUGCAGUCUGUGGUUUAUGGGUAACAGUCUUCAAAAAAAGAAGGGAGAUAAAAGAGAUAGAAUUGUCUGGGUAGUACAGCAGGAACCUGAUGAGCUGGUCAUCCUUUUCCACAAAUAAAUGCUAUCAAAUACAAAAGGAUUUUUAAAAAUAAAAUAGAACAAUUUAUAUUUGUAUAGAAACUGAGAAUGUGAUAUGCAAGCUUUGUGAACUCUGCACUUGACCCACCUGUCAUUUGCUUCUAAGAGAAUAAGUAAUGAUCAAAACUCAUGUUUUUAAGUUACUUUGUGGAAUAGUUGGGUUCUUUAGGGACAUCGUUUAGAUUUUUAACUUUUCUUCUCUGUAACCGGAAACUUAGCACAGCAUACUGUGUGAUCCUGUACUGCCAUAAGAAGCAUAUUCACCCAUUCGUGUUGUCUUGGAAAGAACGAGUGCUACUUCAGUUUAAGUAGGGUUUCAUUUCUUUGACAAGAGAUCUGAUGUAAAGUUUUUGUAUAUUCUAUUUCAUAUU